AUGGAAGUUGUGAGGAUGGGGGACGCUAGCGAUGCAUGCUACGAACACGUCCAUGCCAGCCUGGAUUCACUGCUUCAGAGUGCAGCGCCUCUACCUUUGAAAAAGAAUGGCCUGGGCUUUGAGGAACGUGUCAUAGCAAAUGCAGAUGCCAGGCACUCUGCCAAUGGCGAGAACGCAUUAGCUGGUGUUCAGGGUGAUCGCAACCAGAGUGCUGCCAAUUCUUUCAGCACGAAUGCCCUACAGUGUCUCGCAGCGCCGGAGAAAAGGAAGGGUCCAGGCAGGCCGACAAACAGCAGGGAUAAGGCGCCGUAUGAAGGUCUUAGUAUAAGUAAGAGUAAGUGGGGUGGGGGUGUGGUCUGCAUCCUCCCCUUGAGAAUCACCAUUGCCAUACUGAUUCGAAUUUCUUUGAAAAACGGUGUCCUGCAUCUGAUGGAGGUUUCUGUAGCUGAUUCAGCGACCAGUGGCGCAACCAUGGGAGCGGCUAGAGAUGAGUUCGACGGCAUGAAUCUUCCUCCUUCGCCUCCCUCGCGAUUGAUUUCCACAAGUAGCGCAUGGAGCACGACGGAUCUGCCGGCCGAGGGUGGCGACGCCAAUGAGGAGGGCGAGGUCGUACAGGAGCAAGAGUCUGAAACGCAAGAAUUAGGCUGCGUGGUGGAGCAGGUUUCAUGGGAGGAAGGUUUUGGUGAUUUCGAUCCAGCUGCUGACCCAGGCUCACCUCGUAGCACUGGUAGCUCCACCGCGGACAACGAGUCUGGUAAAUUUUUUCUGCAACGGGCUCAUGAUCAUCAAGUAAAGGGCUACGUCAACGUGCGGCGUGCGGGCGUGGCUUCCGAAGACAAUGAGAUGCCGCCAUAUGCCAAGCGAAAAAGAAAGCGAGUUCUAGCCAACGAUUGCAGCGGAGGGGGGCCGAGCAUGCGUAGAUCUCGCCGUACACUAGUUCUUGUGCCCGAAUACCUUGCUGUUGCAGGUCAGGUCGUCCCAGCUCAACCCCCGAGUCUCCUAGCAGAGUCUGCCGUAUUACGUGGUAGGGUGGUGAAAUGUACUUGGAGCUGUCAUCAAAUCCUCCAUCUAGGAUUAAGAUCCUACGGAUUGGUGGAUAGAACUGGCAUGGCGAGUUUGUUAACAGCUGCAUGGACUGGUGAGGCCGAUAGGAGGUUUUAUGCUUGGAUGCUUAGUAGAUUUAGUUGGGAAGACAUGAGAUUCACGUUCCCUGACGGGGAAUAUAGAUAUUUCAGCCCCCGAUCCAUCGUUAGGACUUUGGGUCUGAAAAACAGUGGGCGCCAAGAGAUGUUUGCCUGUGUCCUUUGUAACGGUGGAACUGGUGAGUAUGAUCUCGCCGAGUGGGCAUUUGAAAUCAUCAGAGCAGCUGUAAAGAAAUUGCAAAAAGAUUUGGAGGCUGGGGUGAGAACACUAAUAGUAGGCGGCAGCCAUUUGGCACUCAUUCCGUGGUUCUUCGAUUGGAUUGAUUUUGGAGCAAAUAAUGUCGAGCCGCACACUGUCCCCCGCAUCAGUGUUUACACGGGGCAGAUAUGCAGGAGGCUAAUCUACCUUAUAAGGGAGUAUCCAAAUAUAUUCACUACAAAGCCUUAUGAUGCGUUCAACCCGCUCGAUGAUGUUUGGCACGGUGUAGUCGGAGAGUAUGGUGGAUUCCUACAACAACCAGCUCUGGAACUCAUUGCUGCCAGCCAACAGGAUGCAAUGGUGUCCGUCCAAGAGCAAAGGGGACAGGAGCCAGAUUAUGACUCCGGAAAAAUUACUGCCAUCCAGGAGCAUAGCAUGUUGUCUGAGCAAAGGCAAGGGGGACAGGGGCCAGCUUGCGACUACGGAAGAAAUGGUAAUGCUAAGAAACUAUCAGCUGCAAAAGGAAAGUGGGCAGCGGAUGAUAGCUCAGACUCAUCGAGCAGCGACAGUGACGACGAACCGGUCGAUCGAAGUGUUCGUCUGGCUAGGAGAUUAGAAGAAGCUGGUAGAAGAGGUUUGCAUUGCAUCGUCUACCAAAACGUCCUCCCCACAUGA